CCCUUUUUUAAUACAGAGAAACUGAAAUCCAUGUCUGUAAUUAUCCUAGCGAUCCUUGUUCUGCAUGCAUGGGUUCCAGCACAAGCCCACACAAGUUUCCUCUUCAACCAGUUCAAUGCCUCCACCCUUUAUCAGAUCGGAAAUCCUUCAAUCUGCUCUGGUGCCAUCUGUCUCACCAAUCAAUCUCAACACAUGUCUGGCCGUGCUUUAUACAGUCUUCCUGUCAGGAUGAAAGAACCCGAGUCAAGAAAUAUGAGCUCAUCAUUCAGCACCACAUUUGUAUUCGCCAUGGUUCCUUAUCCUUCCGAUCCUUCACGCAGUGGGCAGGGAAUGGCCUUCAUCAUAACGCCCACCAAGGCUCCAGUGGGACAGUCAGCCGCUCAGUUCCUCGGUUUGUUCAAUAGUUCCACCAUCGGGAAGCCUGACAAUCAUCUCUUUGCCGUCGAGUUCGACACAAUCCUCAACGAGGAAUUCCAAGACCUCGACAACAAUCAUGUCGGUGUGGAUCUCAACGACCUCACAUCAAUAAAGUCUGAACAUGCGGGGUAUUGGAUUGGAGAUCAUAGGGAAGACCUAGAUCUCAAAAGUGGACACAAUAUUCAGGCUUGGAUCGAUUACGAUCAUAUCCAACAACAAUUGAAUGUUACAAUAGUGAAAGCUGGUUCACCUCGACCCCAAAAGCCUCUUAUAUCUCACAAAAUUACGAAUUUAUCCAACAUUUUCGAAGAAGAAAUGUACGUUGGGUUUUCUGCAUCAACAGGAACUGUGGUUGAAGACCACUGUGUCCUCGCUUGGAGCUUCAGCACAAAUGGAUCUGCGCCUGAGCUGGAUAUAUCUCAUCUUCCUUCUCUUAUUAUGAGAAAGAAUUCCAACUGUCGAAUUAUAGCCUCUAUAACUAUAACCCUGGUACUUCUGUUAUUGUUUCUGGUUGCAGGAGCGAUAUUUGUGUGGAAAAGAAACAAGUACAGAGUCGUUAUAGAAGACUGGGAGAAGGAGUAUUGGCCUCACAGAUUUGACUACAAAGACUUGCAUAUUGCAACCAAAGGCUUCCGAGACGACCAGGUUCUGGGCUAUGGAGGUUCCAGUCGGGUGUACAAAGGAGUCCUACCUACUACCGGCCUCGAAAUUGCUGUUAAAUCUAUAUUUAGAGAAAGCACCGAAGCCCUCAAGGAAUUCAUUGCAGAAAUUUCAAGUCUGGGACGUUUACAGCACCGGAAUCUUGUGCAAAUCAGAGGUUAUUCCAGGAGGGGAACAAAUUUAUUCAUAGUGUAUGACUAUAUGCCAAAUGGCAGCCUGGACAAGAUGAUUUUCGAGAAGACAAAAAGCGUGCUGUCAUGGGCUCAGAGGUACAAAAUUCUGAGGGACGUGGGCGCAGGAUUGCUGUAUCUUCACGAAGGGUGGGAGAAAAUUGUAGUGCACAGAGACAUUAAAUCUAGCAACGUUUUGUUGGAUUCUAAACUUAAUGCAAAGCUUGGGGACUUUGGGCUUGCUCGUUUGUACGAACACACAGGAAACCCACAAACUACUCGUGUGGUGGGUACGCUUGGAUACAUUGCACCGGAGCUCGUACACACGGGAAAGGCCGUUCCUAGUGCAGAUGUGUUCAGCUUUGGUAAUUUAAUGUUGGAGGUUGCCUGUGGAAGGAGGCCUGUGGAUCCCUCUCUGGAUGCUUCCCAGAUGGUAAUGCUAGAUUGGGUAAGAGAGCUGCAUGCCAAAGGCAGGCUCAGGGAUGCAGCUGAUCCAAAUCUUGGUGGUGAAUAUGUUGAAGAUGAGAUGGAGAAAGUACUCAAAUUAGGACUGCUGUGCUGUAAUUUUCAGCCAGAGUUGAGACCUACGAUGAGACAGGUAUCGCAGGAAAUUGAAGGGGAAGCUCCUCUUCUCACUUUACCUACAUAUGAGAUGUAUGAAGGGAGCAGUUCAUAUCCCAGUACAGGAGUAUCUUCUGCGUUGACGACUAACUCUCUAGAGGGACGAGAGGGCAAAGUCUAG